AUGGCUGCGCAGCCACCAUUGUGCACUUCCACAGCGCAUACCUGUUGGCUGACCCCUUGCCGGACCCAUUUGUCGACAUACGCCCACACGGUGACCAUACCAGCGGGUUUGUCGAACGUCGAACAGCCUCCGAGACGCAGUUGGUGCUCGUCAUGUGAUCCUUUGUGUCCCGGCCUGACAGAGUGGAAACACAAAGAAUGGUCUUUCGCAAACUUAAGCAGCCCAUUGCAUGCGUACAGCAGAGCAAAGACUUCUGCGACCCGACUGGGAAAGCUGCGCAUGCUGACGGGCCUCCCGCUUCAGCGGCUGGGUGGCCUUUGGCUGUGCCGCACGGCCGAGGCAAGAACAGUGCAGAACAAGAUUACCGCUUCUCUAAGCGCUUCAGGCGCGAAAACACCGGAUCGCCCUGUCAAGGCUUUGGCCGAAGGGACAAUGAAGCGCCACUUCUCAGAUGGAGGCGGUCUCCGUGGGCUGUUGCCUUCUCCAUAUGCUCUAGUGCCUGCGGCUACUGCCGUUCGUCGAUGCCCUACUCAAUCAUUACUUUCAGUCCUGCUUGCCGAGGUGCAAGCUAGCGAUCCCGUGCCUUCGCUGAACCGAGUUGCAAAAGCAAUCACCAAUGCUCAAGACAGAAAGAGAGAAAAACCCUGCAAGGCUCGUGCGUUUGCCAUCAACCAGGGGCUCUCGCGUGGUUCUGGUUGGUCCAAACGCAAGGUACACGCUGCACUGGCCGAAGCUAGCCACUACGUGCAUGGCGGGAACGGGCUACGGGCAACGGCUAACACAGGCAUGCCUCCGUUGUCGGUACACGAAAGAUCCUUUGCCGAAGGUAUCGUGCUUGAAGCUCAUGAGACGCGGGAUCCCAAGCAAUGGAGCAGCUGGGCCUGCGUAGGCUCGGUCAGGCAAGGGUCACUGAUUUCGGAAGUUGGCUCAAGCGGCACCCGUUUCCGAAUGGAAGAGCAACUAUGUAGCGGUAACACUGGUCACAGUAUGCCCAAGGCUGCGUCGGUGCUCUGCUUGCUUGACCUUCGUUGGCUGGGUGAGGGACCUUGGAUAAAUAGCCGAGUACUCAUGAGGACUGCCAACGCCCAAACCGCUUUGCGGUGGUGGGUUUCUUGUUUAGUCGUGGCUCGAAUUGUGGCAGUAUUGCAAGAGCAAUCUGAAUGCUUGCCAUUUGGCGCUCAAAAGACAUAAGAGAAGCGGUAGGCAUCAUCGACCGUCGUGUUUUUGUAACGCAACAUGUUAUUGCGCAGUAAUGCUGAAGUGAGGCCCUUGUUCACAGCCUGUGUGUCCGACCCAAGAGUCUGGUCGAUGACCGUACUCCAUACUGCGACAAGCUGCACCAGAGAAGUGGGUUUUCCACGUCAUCUGCCCAACAAAGGAAUGUGGUUCCAACACGGUGUGAGUAGGGCCGUGCAUGGACACAAACGUCUUCGGGCUCUUGUGUUCAUUCGGGUAGUGUUAUCGAGGUCAGCUGGUCGUCGCUUCAGCACUUCGCGAUGGUGUUGCACACGCCCCGAGGCAAGCCCAGCAAACAAUCAGCUAGAAAAAGAAUCGGCGAGCAUACGGAGAUGCGCGGCGUCG